GCACUCAUGGAUAUGUAUGGUGGCCACAACUUUACUGUCCUUGGAUUCCCCUGUAAUCAGUUUGGGCUUCAGUCACCUGAGGGAAACCAUGAAACCAUCAAUGUACUGAAAUAUGUAAGGCCAGGUGGAGGAUUCAUGCCAAAGUUCCCCAUAUUUGGCAAGCUUGAGGUCAAUGGAAUAAAUGAAGACCCUCUCUUCACUUACCUCAAGGAGUCCUUAAAUUACGUCAACCCUGUUAUUGGAGAUAUGAAGAAAUUCUAUUGGUCUCCAAUUAAAGUCAAUGACAUACGCUGGAACUUUGAGAAGUUUCUGAUCAGAGCUGAUGGCAUACCAUACAGGAGAUACGAGCUACACAGUCCAAUCACUGAGGCGGAGAAAGACAUAGCAGAGCUUCUGUAG